AUGCUUCAUAUCUUGCCAGGCGAAGAGAAGCAGGAGAAAACGGCGAGCGCGAAUGUCGAGGGCAGAAGCACAUUUCAAAAAGCUAAAUUUGCAAAGCUGAAGAAGAAUGCCGGGAAAGCACACUCAUGGAAUACGUUGUUUCUGGGGGCGAAUGCAGUUGCUGAAACACUCGCCGAAAAAUUGGAUGUUGUGAAGAGUGAUUUGCUGCUCGGUGUGAGCGAAACGAGUGCUGGAGUACGUCUUGCUCUAGCCGAAACACGCCUGGUGCGUGAAACUCGGGAUUUCCUGCUGGCAAACGGUGUAUGUUUGGAUGCAUUUUCGAGGCCAGCAGUCAAAAGAAGCGACACCGUUAUUAUUGCUAAAAAUCUACCCGGCUGUGUGAGUGCGAUCGUUGAAAUGGAGAAUACAGUGGACGCCAAGAAGGCAUUCGAUUCGCUUGCGUAUGCAAGGCUUCGUACACAGCCAUUGUAUCUCGAAUGGGCACCCUGUGACGUUUUCAUUACAGAAGAGACCAGUGCAAAAGAGACGGAAGUGCAGGAUGAGAAACAACAGACAACAUCCCAGGUUGAGAAAAUCCAAGACAAGAGAGAACUAAGAAGAAGCAAGAAGCAUCGUUUGAAGAAGGAUCAGCCGGCUGAAUCGCAACAAAAUGAUAGAAACUCGGAGGAUGUGGCAGUUGAGUCUGGCGCAGUGAAAGAAAAGAAGCCGAAAGUUGCAGUAGAUGAGACAGAAAAUGUUAAGAAAUCCGAAAGUAACUGUGAAUUUGGUGCGGACGAUGGAAAUGAAGAAGAGGACGAGUCGUUUUUGACAGGAACAACAUUGUUUGUGAAGAAUUUAAGCUUUAAAACAACUGAUGAAGCACUGAAGAAGAAAUUUGAGUCUCACUUUCGUAUUCGUUCGGCUUCUGUAUCCAAAAAACGAGGUAAAAUCGAUUUGGUUCAUGUAUUUUUUUUUUUUUUUCAGAUUUUCAUGUCGCAAUCUAUUUUGAUGCAGGCGCCAGUAGUUUAUUGUAUAGAGCGUAGACAUUAA